AUGGAUUAUCAAUGCCAUAUAAGAAAUGAAGAAUUUAAUAAUAUAAAUAAAAGAAUUAAAGAUAAGUUUAUGUUUGUGUAUUUAAUUGCUGUAGGGGGGUUUUCGUGCGUCUAUAAAAUUAAAAAGAAAGAGACAGGAAAAGGCAAACAAAUCUCCAAACUAAACGGCAAACAAAAAGGCAAAGAAAAAUAUUACGCGCUGAAAAAUGUUAAAUUUUCAGCAAAUGUGUUCAACUAUGAGAAGAAAAUUCUGCUUAACUUGAGAGAAGUGGAAUGUUUAAAUAAACUCAAAAAUCACCCAAACAUUGUAAGCAUACAUGAGUGCUGGCUCGAAGUGAGUGAGUGCUUUCCCCACCACAGGAAGGAAAAGAAGAACCUAUUCAUUUCCUUGUGUGCCGAUAAGGAUGUGGAUGGGCAAAGUGAUGAGCCGAAUGAAUUUCAUAAAAUAAGUGCAGUUUGCCAAACUUGUCAGACCCUCACAUCACCGACACUCCACGACACAAAUGUGGGACAGCCUUCUUCGCCCUCUCCGAAGCCCUACAUUUUUCCAAGAGGAAGAAGAGAAAAGAAAAAAAAAAAAAACUACACCUGCAGCUACAAUGUGAAGGGAACUAGCCAAAAUGAGGAAAUUGUGAAAAAAAAAAAAAAAAAAAAAAUUGUGUGCAAAAAUGGCCCAACUGGAAAAAAUUUAUAUGAACAGUCAGAAAAAAAAUACAAAUGUGCAGGCUUAACUAGCGAUUUCUUCGAUCUGUAUUACAAUGAAUUAUAUUUAAUUAAAAAAAAAAAAAAAAAGAAAUACAACUCUAGCAGGAGGAAAAUUUUUCCAAAAUUAUGCACACACCUUUGGGGCAACGAAAAUAUAUACGAAAAAAAUAUAAAAAUUUUCGAGUCAUCCGCUAACUCUGUUUUAAGCAAUGAAAACUGUUGUAAUGAUAAUACAUUAAAGAUUAAGACAAUUCUGAAUAAAAAUUUGUCCCCUUUUGAGAGUAUAUCUAAGAAAUUAGCAUUUUACAAGAGUAGUGUUAGGAAAAAACGAAUACCCCCUGAUGAUGUGAGUAGAGGGAAAAAAUCGAACUCACAUAGGACAAGAACAAAGGUAGGUACUUCCGCCGAGUCUACAUAUGUAGAAAAAUACCAAGAUGAUGUGAAAAUACAUAGGAAGGAAACACUAGAAAGCAUUUUAGAAAAUGUUCGAAAUAACGUUUCUGUAGGAGACAAGGUACAAUGGUGCGAAGGAGAAGAACUUUUAGGAUUCCCUCUUUGCAUAAGACAAGCAGAUCAGAAAGCAAAAAAUGGCUUAAAACACAAAUGUCGAGUUAGAGAGAACGAAUCGAACACCUUACCCUUUGAGCGAAAGGGAAUAAUGGAAAAAGGGUUGCACAGAACUAUGGGAAGCAUAAUGGCGAACAAAGAAAAGGAUGAAAAGAAAAAUAUCACAUUUGUCACAAAAAGUUGUUAUACACAUAUUUGCAAAAAUGGACAGAAUUCAUCAUACAUGGACAGUACGUACAAGAUAAUAAAAAUUAAAAACGCUAGAGACAUAGUGGAACAUUUAUUUUUAAAAUGCCACAAGAGGAAUAAUGAACACGAUUUCGGUUCAUAUAGUGGAUCUAUACAGAUUGGAAAUCAUUUUGAUAUAGAACCAUUUCAAAGGGAAGGUUAUUUCUACACUUGCAUUAAACAUUGCUAUGUGAAGGUAAUGAUAAACAAUGGAAAAAGGACAGACAUAAUGAGGAUCAUCAUUCGUGGAAAUAACAGUCUCAACCAUAUAAUGUAUUUUAACUUAGUGGAAGAGAAAAACUUUAUAAGAAAUGUUAUGAACGAAAUAACAUUACAAAAAAAAAGAAGAAAAGGAAGAGAAUUGUACACUCGAAAUAACGGCUAUCGCAGUAAUAACAGUGAUACAUAUUGUGUAAAUACGCAUUUUUUGAGAAAGACAAAAACAACAAUCUCUCAUAAAAGAUGUAAUACACCAAGAUUGAGUCCAGAAUUAUCAUCUCUCCAUUUAGGGAAAAAAAAAAAAAAAAAAAAAUCAAGUAGACUUUUUUUAAACAUAAAAAUUUGCAAACUGAUUGAGCAUGUCUUGAAUAUUUAUAACCCACGAAAUGGUUGCUCCUGUGGGAGAAAUGAAAUGGUGAAAAAUGAUUUUUUUUUUAAAAAUAUUCCUUCACUAAAAAGGGUUCUCUCGCUAAAAAGAAUUCCUUUACUAAUUUUAAAAAAUACAGAAGUUGAUAUAGAUAAAUUCCCUUACCGCCUUUUAGAAAAAAGAAAAAAAAAAUUAACGAAUAAAAGCUAUCACUACAGGAUGAUGAAGUUACAUGCACUCAGGAUGUGCAGCAUAAGGAGAAAUGUAAAAAUGGCGAAUUUAAAAAUGUUAGAUCCAAAUAUAGGAGGAAACGUGUUCAGAAAUAUGGAAAUUUUACAUGAGCAAGUAGGAAGAAAUGGUUCCGGAAGAAUACUCGAGAAUAAUACUUGCAUGCACAUUAGGAAGUGUAACAAGACAAAUAAAUCAUUCAUGCAAGAUAAGUUGGAACAUGAGAAUGUUUUAAACAAAAAUGUUUUCUGCUUAAAAAACCAACCGGUUGAAGAAUCCUCUAAAAUGAUGAAAACAACAUGCUCAUGUGAGUUGAAGAAUUUAUCUGAUGGAUGGGGGAUGAAGAAGAAACUUAGUGUAAAUAAUAUCCAUACGGAUUCAUCGUGGCCCAUUCGACUCAGCAAAAGAAGAACAACAAUGAUGACACAGCAUGUGCAAUUACAGAAGGAGAAGAAGAAGGAGAAGGAGGAGAAGAAGGAGGAGAAGAAGGAGAAGAAGGAGGAGAAGAAGGAGAAGAAGGAGGAGAAGAAGGAGAAGAAGGAGGAGAAGAAGGAGAAGAAGGAGGAGAAAAAGUUGGUAGACAAUGGGAAGGACAAUUCUAUGAAUAAAGCCACAAUUUCUAAGGAAGAAAAAACAAAUUGGAACCCUUUGGGGAGGGAAAUUAUCUAUAAGAUUGGAAGUAUAGGAAAUGAUCGUAGUGUUUCAUCUGAUGGUACAACAUCAAACAGUGCGAUAAGAAACAUGGGAAAGUCACACCAAAGGGUAGGAAGCAUACAUCAUGAGAAAUUCAUAAAAUUUCAUUGCAAUGACACAUACUUUAUUCACGAGCUGAAAAUAAUCAUAAAUGAUAAUACAAUGAAAAAAAGGAAAUUACCAUGCUAUAAGAUAGACAUGUGGUACAAUAACUACUAUUUUAACAACAUAUUCAAUUAUAAGGAAACGCAUGAAUUGGUUACAAAAAAAAAAAAGGUUUCUGACAUUAUACUUUGCAAUAGAAAGGAUCUCAAAAAUGAGAAAACAUAUUUAACGUUAAUAAAAAGUACAACGAACUUAUCGAAUUGUAAAAAAAAAGGAUUAAGAACACAUGCUGAUUUAUUUUACACUAAUAGAAGAAGAGAAUUUAGCAAAAUUAUUAGAGGAAAGAGAACUAUAGUGCAGUAUGGUUAUGAUAUAAAUGGAAGAAUAUCAAUGCCUUUUGAGAAAAAGAAGACGAAAAAUCUGAGUAAGGGUUAUUACUACCACAACAAAAUGAUGGAUACCCACAUGUUAGAACCAUUUUUGGAAAAGAAAGAACAUAUAAAUAGCAAGACAAAGCAGAGAAGAAAAAAUGGCAAGAACGAAUCUUUCAACAGCAAGGAGAAGAUAACGCAGAAGAAUUGUCACUCGCAUAGGACCUCUUCUAAGGGAUACAACAAAAUGGAGAACCAUAGUGAUGAGAUGAAUGAAGAGAUAUAUAAAAAACAGAGGAAACAAUCUCCCAAGUGGAGUAGCAAACAUUUCUCCAAAUACUUUAAGAGAAAGAGCCCACAUCUGUUUACAAUUCUUACGAAUGGUAAUAGGAAGAGCAAGAUUGUUGACAGGAAGAACUGCAAACAAUUGAAAGGGAAUAUGCAUUACAGAGAGAAAAGCACUGUCACAAAGGAUCUCAACAGAAACGGAACAAUGGUAUUUUCAUCAUUUCCAAAAAUGGAAAAUUACAUGGGAUGUUAUAGUGGCAGCGUCAAGGGCAUGUGUGAUGGUAGCAUAAUAACCAGUAGAGAUCGAGGUUGCGAAGUAAGAAGUGGCGUGAGAAGUGGGAGAAGGGAAGAACCAAGUGGCAUCAAUUACUGCAACUGGAACUGCUAUUAUUACGACUGUGCAAGAAAGGUUUUCAUUUUUUUACUUGUGGGAAGGAGAAAAGUGACAAAUCCUCACACACAUUCAGAAGACCAAAUGGGUGUUGAAAACAGUGGGAGAGGAGAGAGAAACCUUUUUCUGUACACAAAUGUCGACUCAUUUGAGAGAAGCAUGCGAAGGAGCUGCCCUAUAUACUCAGAUAGUAGUUACAAUAUGAACGUGAAGAAGAGCAAUAGGAAGAGCAGUAGGAAGAGCAGUAGUAUGAGCAAUAGGAAGAGCAGUAGGAAGAGCAGUAGGAUGAGCAGUAGCAUGAGCAGUAGGAAGAGCAGUAGGAAGAGCAGUAAGACCGCUAAUUUUAGGUCUGUUGGCAGAAGUAGGAAAAUAUUUCACAGGUAUUAUUCGCUCUAUUUUUGGAAAUGGAUAAAGGUUUUUAUAUUUUGGAAUGAACAAAUGAGGAGGAGGAGAAUCCUUAACAAGACGACACUGCAACAUAUCAUUAGUGAGACAUAUCGAAAAAUAACCAUAUCAACAUAUUUGCUAAGAAUUAGGAGAGCAGAAAAUAUAUAUGGAAAUGCACAUUUUCUAGAUUUGUAUAUUUCUCGUAGCGUUAGAAAGGGAAGAGAAAGAGAAUUCAUACCUUUUGUAAAAAUAACAAGACAAAAUUGUUACUACAGUGGCAGAAGUGUAAAAAACAAUUAUUUUGUAAGGAACAAGGCCUUUUAUUACUACAUGCUUAGCUGUUUGUGCAAGGUAAAAAACAAUUGGUAUUUCUCCAGCGAUUGUGAAUGUAACAAUUACAACACUUUGCUAAGAACUGUACGGGUGAAGUUAUACCGUUUUGGAAUUUACACAGAUAUUCUUGUCAUUUGCACUUUGAAGUUUUUUAGGGGAUUUUACGUGUUCAACAAAGCGUUUAAGAGGCAUUUCCAGAGGAAGGAAUCUCGCACAAAGGGGGGAAGAAGCGAAAAUAGAUUCAAAAGUAGAGGCGAAUGUAGAUUCAAAAGUAGAUUCGAAUGUAGACGCGAGAGUGCAUGCAGGAUCGAGUGCGGUGGUGUGCACCGGUGCAGGCACGACGACUGCAAACGAAGCGCCCAGUUUUUUCUGUGCUGUGUGAAGUGCUGUAAGAUAUUCACCUCGAAGUUUUACACUCUCCUUCUGACCAAAGUGAAGAGUCUGCAAGCAGAAUUAAUGAAGUUACUAAGUACAAUGGAGAAAAAAUAUUUGAACAAGUUAAAACACGAUGAAAAUAGAUAUUUUAGGAACUUUUUUAAGCAAAAUUUAUACUGUUUCAUGAGGGAUGAAAAUUUUUUGAAAAAUAAAAAAGAUUUGUUAAGUUUGUGCAGAACAUUUUACAGUAGAAAUGCUAACAUUGCUUUGAUGGAGGAGCUGAAGAAUUUUUCUAAUUCAACUAUACACGUUUGCAAUUACUUCGAAAUUGUAGAUAUAGUUAAUGAAGUAGUUACAGGAAUAGGAGACACCGAGAGAAAGGGAGAUCACUCUCCUUAUGCCUUUCUCUCAAUUUCUCCACUGGUUGUAAGGAAAGAAAAAAGAACACAAUUGGGGUACAGUAGAGGUAUACACAUUCCAAACAGGAUUGUAAGAAGAGGAAGAAGUUGGAUUUCGAAGGGAUUUGAAUCAACUUAUUUCUCAAAACAAUAUAAUAAUAACAUGCAUGAAACCAAAAUUGAAAGAGGAAAUCAUAUUUUUUUUAUUGAAAACAUAAUUAACUUUCUUAAUUGCAUCAGUCUCCUGAGAAAGGUACCUUCUGAAGAGAAGAAAACUCUUAUAGUUGACGUAACAUCUACAGAGGAAGAAAUAAUAAAUAACUGUUUUGUACAUAAUUUUUGUAAUUAUUUUAUAUACUUUUUAUAUUAUGUAACAAAAAUAAGAUGGAAAAAAAUUUACCAUGUAGAUGCAGCUACUUUGCUACAGUUAGUGAAUGUAGACAUUGUUAGAAGAACAAGCACGGAUAUUUCCUUUAGUAUUACAUCUAUAAGCACCUCUAUGUUCAGAUUCAAUUUGUACUUAUUGUUUAAGAAGUUCCUUCAGAAGGAAUUGCAUUUUUAUGAAAAUCCUUAUUCUCAGAGAUCAAAGGGAGGAGAAGAGGGGGGGAUCAUGGAGUACCUAGGCAACAAGAGGAACAAAAUUAACCAUACGAAGAAAGAAGUAAAUUAUGAUUCUUGUAAAAUUAUCUUAAAGUUUAGAAGCGUCCUUUACAUUUAUCACUACAAUGCCAUCGUUGAAUAUUCCCGUGCAUCUAGAAGCACCAUAAGCUUGCUUCUGGAACAUUGUCCCUUGGUAUUUGAGCACCGUGUCAGGUUCCUUAAAGGUGAAAAAGAUACCCAGAACGGUGGUUCAAGAAGUAGAAGCAGAAUCGGAAGCAGAAUGGGAAACAGAAUCGGAAACAGAAUCGGAAGUAGAGUCAGAAGCAGAGUCAGAAGCAGAGUCAGAAGCAGAGUCAGAAGCAGAGUCAGAAGUAGUGACACUGGCGUUGGGUUAGAUAAUAAACCGAGUGGUGGGCACCCCCAAAUUUGGAAUAAAAUUUCGACAGGAAGAAUAAUUGGCGAAGACCCCAUAAGGUUAAACGAAAGCGUUUGUAGAGUAACAAAAAACUAUGACCAAUUUAAACAGAGUAAAUGUAAAAAGAAAUGUCUUUUGAAAAAAAAACAGAAAAGAUUAGAAGAUGCACGCUUUGUACACAGCAUUAUACAAAUACCUACGUGUCGUCUUCUGCAUCUAACUGUUGCAAGAAUGAUCUACAAAAAUGGUAGAAAUUAUAUUAUCUUAGUUAUUUUGAAAAGAGAAAAACAUGCCUUUCAAUGUGUCCAUUUACCGCAAAUAAAUCGAACAUGUCUGCCAAUACUGAAAGCAUACAAUAUAGAAAAAAGUAAAAGAAAUGACAGAAAAGGAAUGGUUACUUGGGAAUGCUGUACAAAUAGAUGCAAUGAUCAUGUGGAUACUCUCAUGAAGUAUUCACAUAUUGAUGUGAUGCGUUGUCCAAGAGGUUUUACUUGGAAGAAACUAAGGAGUGUGCUUUUUGCAAAAUUUCUCCUUAUUCAAAUGGAAUCCUCCAAAUGUAUGUGUUCUUGCAGGGGUGGAGAAGUGGGUAGAGAAAGGGGUGGAGAAGUGGGUAAAGAAAGGGGUGAAGAAAUAGAUGAAGAAAGGGGCGACAAAAUGGAUGACGUGGUGGAUGGCUUGGUCAAUGUCCACCCCAAGAAGGGCGGGCCGCAUAAUGUUGAAAGGAAAAAACGAGAAUUCUUAAAGAACAAUAUGGCAUAUUUAAAAAAGAGGAAAAAUGAAAGAACGAGGAGAGAAGCGUUUCAAAAGUUUUUCGAUAACAUUGAGUAUUCAUCAGAAAGUGAGGAUUUCAAAAUUGUCUUUCAAAGUAGUAGUAAUGACAAAGAAAACAAACCUGCGAAGGUAACCAACACGAAGAAGAGAAUUAAUGAGCAAUUAAAAAUGGACUGUAUGCUGAAGAGUAAGAAGAAGAGGAAACAAAGGAAGGAAGAAAAAAAAAACGUCACAAAAUCCAAGUGCCGAAUGGGUAAAAUAUUAUUACAAAGAAAAGAAAUUAAAAAAUGUGUACGAGAAAAAAAUUGUAACACUGAGUUUACUAUUAGUAAGAGAAACAAAAGUGAUUCAUGCUUAUGUCACUUCUUGAAGUGCCCAAACCAGAAACAUAGAUACAGCAUCAUCUACUCAGGGUUUCCGAAGAAAUGGAUUCAUAGUAAAGGUGAUAUAUCAUAUGAUUCGUGUUGUUCAUGUGAAGGAGUACGCUGUUACAACACACCAAAGGAAUGUAAUACAAGGGUUUACAGAGCUAAUAACACACACAUGGUGAUAACAAGCACCCAUAAUCACAACAUGCAUGGUUGUGAAGAGAAUAAAUUAGUAAGACAAGCAAAAGUUUUCAAUUACUUCGAUAAUUUUCACAGGGAUUGGGUUCUUGAAAAUGAACUAGCGAAAUUUUCACGUAAUUGGAAGAAUGGGCAGCACAUUGAGCGUCAUAAUGGGCAGCACUGUAGGCACGUCUGGCACCAGAGCCCACAUUUUUGUUUCAAAGGAAAAUCUUUCCAUUUAGAAGAAAUAAGAAGAAGACAUCUGGGUGAUGCAUUAGAGCCCAUCAACAGACAACAACUUUCAACGCAGUUACAAAGUCUUUACACAGUUAGAGUAAAUAACAAAGCAUGUCGAUGUUGCACAGGAAGAAGGCAUCAUAACAUUUGUUGUGACAACAAAUGUGCAAAUGAGAAAGAACUACAUCAUGCGAACAUGUACAAUUUGUCUGCAUCUUUGGAGGAGGAGCAGGAUAAAUGGAUAAAAAUUAGCCUGAACAGUUCAUGCGAUUCAACAUAUAAUGCAGAAAAUACAGAAAGGAAUUGUACUAGUGUGGAUUAUCACCUUUCAUGUGUAGACAAUAGUAUGCCAAGAAGCCGCAAUCCUGAAUUGGACUCUUUAGAUAAUCCAAAUUCGGAGAGGAGAGAAUAUCAAAUGAGUCAUCAGAACACGCACUUUUACGAUGAUUCCAUAAGAGAUCGCAUAAGAAGAAAAGGAGUGAAAGAAAAAAAUAAAAAGAGAAUGAAGGAUGAAAUGAUUAUUGCAGAUCGACACGUAUCAGUGGUAGAAAGAGAGAAUUUGUCCUUUCCUAACAAAAGCAGGAACCUUGUCAAAUUUUUAAAAAAAAGAAAAAUAAUUAAAAAAGUAUGCGAAGUAAAAAAGACAGGUUCAGAUUCUAGGUUGGCACGCGGGGAUUAUAUACACAAAGCAGAUGUAACAAAAUGGAUACCAUUAAGCAUGAGUGGCUUGGAUGAAGAGGAGUUCUACGACAUCGAAGAGACGUACUUCCACCGUGGAAGAAUAACACACGUGAAGAGGAUGCAAGAAAUGAAAAGAAAAAACCAAACGACCACUCCGGUGCAAAUUCGAAGGGGUGGAGAAACACAGAAGAGAACUAAGCGAAUUUACAAAAUGGAGGAAGACAAAACAGGAGAGUACAAAACGGGAGAGGACCAAACAGGAGAGGACAAAACGGGAGAGGACCAAACAGGAGAAGACAAAUCAUGGUUGCAUAAAAUCGUCUACCAGAAGACGCUGGAUGUAGGUUCAUACGUGGAGGACACAGAUAGUGAAAAUUCAUGUAGUGAGGGAGAGGUGGUAGAAGAAGCGAGGAAAGAAAGAUCACAUACUAUGCAGUUCCAUGAAAGGGAAAAAGGAAGAAAAAAUAAAGAAUAUUCAAAAAAUAACAUUCAUAAAAAUGAUUUUGUGAAAAAUAUUUCGGCACGUAUAGGAAGAAUGGAAUUUUUAAAAAAUUUAAUAAAUACAUUCACAAUUUUUUAUGAGGGACUUAAAAUGUGUAAAAUGAAUGGAUUAUUAUUUCAUUGCAAGUUUGUAACAUGUGAAAUGGUGCAUUCCUCAUUCCCUUUUCCCGUUUUGCGCGGAGAGACUUAUUUGAAGUAUUCUUCUUUCAAAAAUGGAACAUUUGCGCGAUCUAAUCAUUGUAGAAAAUUUUUAAUAAAGAAUGAAUAUGGUACAGGUGAGACGGAGUAUAACUUUUUUUUGGACAGUUUUAUGAACGAUAAGUUUGGAUCCGAUGGUUAUGAAACUAUUGUUAUCAUGAAUAACUUGAAUUAUGAGAGAAAAGUAAAUCGUUCUUAUAAUGACAGAUUUGAAGACAAAAGUUGGAACACAUCACUGUCACCAUCACCUCUUUGGAGAUAUAACUAUCGUUACAACAACACGUAUGGUAGAUGCAGAAUCUGUGAUGAGAUAAAUACAGUAGAAAUCAUGAUCCCGUAUGUGAUGUAUGAUAAAAGUAAAAUCAUUGCUAAGAAUCAACAUACAUUAAAAAAAAUAAUUUGCAAAAAAAGCAAGACUCAUAUGGAAAAGACAAGAAUGAGGAAUCGAAUGCAACAUAGAUCUGACAUGAAUAAAAAAACACAUGCACCAUUUCUAUCUAAAUGUGCAGCAGACACUUUACUCAAGGGAGGACUAGGACGUGGACGUCAUAAUCGAAAGGAACAGCAUCACACUAAAUUUUGGAUUUACAAAAUGAUGGGGAAGACAAAAAGUAGUAGUACCUCCAUCAUGUUAUGCAGAAAAGGCUAUUAUCAAUGGGUGAAGAAGGGUGGUGUCCCAUUAAAUAUAUCAAGUUAUACAUAUCAUUAUUUGCAUUCCUGGUAUUUCUUGAAAAGAUACAUUUAUUAUUUGAAAAGCAGAUCUUUUACAUGCAAUCGCCCAUCCAUCAUAUAUUGGAAUUCUACAAGGAAUUGCUCGGUUCGCUCAUUAAGAAUCUUUUUCUCUCGUGCUGUUAUUCAUCACCAUGUGGGUCCGAAUUAUUUCACUGCAAUGGAAUAUGAUGAUAGUGAAGAAGAAAGGGGGAGGGAUAUUGGAACAGUAACAAAAGUUGCCCUCACUUCAAAUCAUCAUAAGCAUGUUAUUAGUGAUGAUCGAUGCAUGAUGAAUGGUGAUUUAUCGAAUGAGACACAAUUUGAAGAACUGUUUAACCAGCAACAUUUGAUUGAAUGUAAUUUAAAUCCAUUUGAUAGGAAGAUAAGAAAUAUAUUACAUAAAGUGAAAAGGAAGAAUACUACUUGUAGAAGGGAAGUUAAUCAGGAGAGACAAAGACAUACCCAAGAGAAAAAAUUCAAAAAUUUUGGGAAAAAUCAAAAUGUUGGAGAGUUUUGUAUAAAAAUAAAUAAAAAAGAGAGAAAGAAAUGUACUAUGAAGGGGAGGGAAAAGGAGAGAAAGAAAUGCACUAUGAAGGGGAGGGAAAAGGAGAGAAAGAAAUGUACGAUGAAGGGGAGGAAAAAAUACAAAUUCAAUUUAUACAUAAGAAUGGAAUAUUGUAACAAAACCCUGGAAAAUUACAUAAGCAAAAGAUCGUACAUAAAUUUUAAUAGAAAUAAAGAAAUUAUACAUAUGAUUAUUAUAGGAUUACAUUACAUUCAUAAGAACAAUAUCAUGCAUCGAGAUUUGAAGCCAUCGAAUAUAUUCAUAUGUGAUAAUAACAUUGUAAAAAUUGGUGAUUUUGGAUUGGCAUCUUAUGAUAGUUUCGAAGGGAAUCGCAAGUGGGAUAUUCAUUCACCAGACAGUUUAGAUCCUAAAGAUCCUGUCGAUGUGAAGGUACAUGUGAGAGGAAGCCAAAUGAAUGAACCAAUAAUUUAUGAGCAGAAAUCGAGAAAAGCUAUGAAACCAUGUGAUAAUCAAAAUAUCUCAAAAGUGAAAGAAGACGUUCAAAAAACUGGUUCUUUUUCUGAGGACAAAAAGGUAGAUACACACUGUGAGUCAAAUUUUUACACUACUAGAGAAAUAGACAUGAAAGAUGUAGCACGAAAUUGGGUAAAAAUUUCCAAACCUAAAGAGGCAAAAGUAAGGAAGAAAGAUAAUUUUAUAUUCACAAGAUUAGAAACAAAAAGAAAAAUGUACGACGAAUAUAUAGAUGUACAAGUACAAGAAGCUGAGGCGAAGAAGAUAAAUAUCUUCCUGAAAGGUGAAUCCAGUAGCGAUACUGUGUUGCCACCACACACGGAGAUCCCUACUCAGAAGUGCAAUUUGCCAAACAAAGUAGAGAAUAGAAUAUUGUGCAAACUUGAGAACAUCGAGGGAGUACUUUCCUUGUGCCAAACUGAGCGGUUUGUUGCGGGUCCCCCGAGCGAGAUGAGUUCAGGCAGGAGUAACCAACAGAAGGGCGGAGCAAAAAUGGAGAUGGGAACGGGAAAGAUACCACAAACGAGAGAACAAUCGCAAACGGGAGAGAGGUCACAAACGAGAGAAAAAUCACAAACGAGAGAACAAUCACAAACGAGAGAACAAUCACAAACGAGAGAACAAUCACGGACGAGAGGGAAGAACCCUAUUUUUGAUGACCAGACUGAUGAUUUAAAGAAGGCAACAGAUUUUACUCCCACACUUGAACACACGUCUGAUGCAAAAAGGAAGAGUGAGACACAUUAUGAUUCUAUCCUUAAUAAUAACGCUUUGUUAUUGACAGAUGGUGCGAAAAAACAAGUGGAUCGUCACCAAGAGAUGCCACUUGACACCGCUCCUAAAGGCACCACUCCAAAAAAAGGGAAGAUUUGUCUUCCAUCAAGUGAAACAUAUUUGGGUAAUAGCAAAGAGCAGUUUCAGAGUCUUAACGCCGUUACUUCUAAAGAUCACCCUCUUUGCAAAGAGACUAAAUUGGAGAAAGAUACAAAUAGAGAAAAGUUCCUUUUUGGAGAUCAGCACCACUGUCAGAAGAAUGGAAGCACGUAUGGGAGGAGUCUAUCCAAUGCUCUAUUAUGGAGCACUACGAGCGGUUCUAAAAGUGGCCACAAAAGGGUCAAUAGAAGCAACCAUAGAAGCGGCUCUACUAUCACACCUGAUGGAGAGAAGGAAAGACAAAAUAGCCAACUGAAUGGAAAUCCAAAGGUGAAAGUGCAAGGCGACAACAAGCACACUCGUGUCUGCAUCCAUGAGGGAAUAUCCUUUACCAAUCUGAUGAAGAGACUUCUUUUUUUACCUCACCUAAAGUGGGAAUGGAAUAUUCUCUGUAAUAAGAAGGUAAUGAACAUACAAACAGCGAAUGAAACAGAUUUGAAAAGUAGAAAAACCAGAAAAUAUAGAUCCAUGUUUCGAAGGAACCAUUUGAAGAAUACAUCUGAUGAUGGUUAUCACCUCACAAAUGAUAAAGACAAAAAGGAAUGGAAGCGAAAAGAAAAAAAAAGAAAAAAAAAAAAAUUCGAAAAUUAUAGCUAUGGAAAGGAAAAACUGGACUAUGAAUCAAAUAACAGUAGUAAUCACACAAGAAAUGAGAGAGAAUCAUGUUACCACACCUUUGGCAUAGGAACAAAAAUGUAUUCAGCCCCAGAACAACUGAUGGGAUACAAAUAUAACAAAGCUGUCGAUAUGUUUUCUCUUGGGUUGAUAAUAGUGGACUUAUUCACGUGGACAGGAACAAAUAUGGAAAGAACUGAAAUUCUUUGUAAGGCAAGACAGAGAAUUUUACCUGACCUGUUAAUAAAGAAACAUCCAAAUGUAGCCAAAUUGUGUAAGAAUCUGUUAUCUCCAGAUUAUAAAUUCCGUUUUACAUCAGAAGAUUUGUAUAAUCAAAUUAUAUCUACAGGGGAUGUAUUUUCCGCUACACCACGAGGUUUGUAA